AUGACCGCCAAGUGCGUAUUUUACAUGGACGACGUCAACAUUUUAUGCACUGACCUUUUAUCCGUCGACAGGACUCUGGACAGGACUGACUGGUACGGACGAGCCUCUGGGGCGAGACUGAACAGAGACAAGACAGAGGCCCAAUUCUUCGGACCGUGGGCAGACCCAGACUUGACCAGACUACCUUUGACAGUCAAACUGACGGACAUAAGGGUACUGGGGGUAAAGUUUGACCAGGAGGGAGGAGGGAGUGGGAACUGGAGUGGGAUCCUGGGGACAGUAAGACAGAGACUGGGUUUUUGGGGACUACGACAGCUGACUUUUGAGGGCAAGGUUUUAAUCAUAAAAGCUGUGAUUUUACCUGUGCUUUUAUUAAUCAGUUCUGUUUUUAUCCCCCCCCGAAGGAGUAUUUUAGCCCUGGAGCGGAUGCUGUUUUACUUUCUGUGGGGAAGCAAGUGGGAGAGGCUGAGGAGGGAGGUGGUCAAGAGGCCCAGGUCCAAGGGGGGGAAAGGCUUGCCUGACCUCUACUUGUUCCUGGGCAGCCGCUACACAGCGUUACAUCUGACUCUGGCCACCUCCCCGGUCAAUAACAAGACACAGGCCCUCGCACGGUUCUGGCUGGGAUCUUACCUCAGGACUCUGAGGCUGAUCCCAGUCGACCUGCGAGCCCCAGUCUCUUUCCUGCUCCCCACCCACUACGUCCAGCUCCAGAAAUUUUUAAGACAUUUCAAACUGGAAAAGGAAGCAGUCACGGUUUUAACUAAACACCGCUCUCUUCUCUCUCUUGUGCAGGAACGGGAACCAGUGUGUCCAGUGCGCGGGCUCGCUAUAGGCGAGCCCACAACGGUCUGGCGCAACGUGGCCCAUCCUGCACUCCUGAAUCGGCAUCGGGACCUGUCCUGGAUGGUCGCCCACGAGAUCCUCCCGGUCAGGGCCGUUAUGCACUCACGGGGCAUGGCGAGGACAUCCGCGUGCCCCCGACCGGGCUGCGGCCAAGAGGAGUCGGUGAGGCACAUGCUCUGGGAGUGCAGAGCCGCCAGGGACCUGUGGAAGGAAGCAGGCCCCCUGACCACCUCGUGUCUGCCAGCAGGGGAGGACCUAACACCUCAGCUCGUGCUGUACGGGGUGGGCCGAAGGCCCAUCCCACCGAAGGCCUUCACCAAGUUCUGGCCCACCCUCACGUGUCUGAAGGAAGCACUGUGGUCCUCCCGUAACCUGCUGGUAGCAAAAAAAAAAGUGACCACCCCCAGGCAGUGGCCAUGGUAG